AUGCAAGAAACAGUUUCUGACGAUCUUAUACACUUCGGAAUAAAUUUCGGAUUUGCUUUGUUUUUCUUUGGCAUUGCGUGCGUACUAGUGGCUUGUAUCAUCAAAUGUUAUAAGAACGAUGACAUUCAUUAUCAUCACGAUCAUGAAACCAGCAAUGACCACGUCAUCAUCACCAUCGUGGAACGUCCCGGUAUCGAACCCUCUGUUCUCCGAUCAAUCCCCGUCGUGGAUUUCAGCUCUAGAGACUCCAAGGACGGCGUCGAGUGCGUCGUUUGCCUCUCGAAUCUCGUCGACGGAGACAAAGCCAGGCUUUUGCCGAGCUGUGACCACUGGUUUCACGCCGGUUGCAUCGACUCGUGGCUUCGAUCUCACACUAAUUGUCCUAUCUGUAGAAAGAGAGUUGGUUCGGUGCAGCGAGGACCGAGACCGGAGCUUCAGGGCGACGAGAGUCUGACUCGGAAUCACGACCGGAGUUCCGAACAUCCUCGGUUUCCGACUGUGACUGAUACUCCUCCGGUUACAGACGCGGCGGUUGUUGAUGAUUGCAGCGAGUCUGAUGUAGUUCGAUCGGAUUUGACGGCGGUUGCGGCAGAGAUUCCGGCGAAACGAAUUGAGAGCUAA